GUUCUUGCUAUUGAGAUCAACUUCUGGAUAGCUUCAGGUUCAUUCAUUCGAUAAUAACGAUCACCUCAAUAACAUUCGACCUUCCAUGGCUCAUCCAAGCAUUUCUUUCAGCACAAGAGGAUAUCAUGGACUUUUUCAAGACAAAAGAAUGGAUUAUUAUCCUUUAGUCGUCUUCUCUUUUGAUACUUGACUGAAGCAAUUCCCAACUACCACGCACAAAAUGAUGAAUAUCGCUGGCAUUUUGUCAUUCUUCCAUGCUGCAUUAGCUAUACCCAUGAUCGCUAGGUCGCUUUUGACCUCACCGUCUGAUAUUUCUCAGUUCGAGGUCCAUUCGCUGCCUGAUGGUCCUUCUCUGGGCCCCAGCUGGGCUGGCCGGCUUCCUGUCCCGAACACGGAGGAGGGCAAUUCGAUGUUCUUUUGGCUCUUUGAGACAGAGGACCUUGACUACGACGAUCAUCUAAUUAUUUGGCUCAACGGCGGGCCUGGCUGCUCGUCUCUGAUCGGAUUGACGACAGGGAAUGGCCCCGUUUCUUUCGAUGGAAACUCGACUCGUCUCAUACAGAAUCCAAACUCCUGGACAAAGCUAGGCCAUGUUCUCUAUGUCGACCAGCCCGUGGGGACGGGUCUGUCGACCGCAAGCGCACCGAACCCCGUCACCAACAAUGAUCGAGUCGUAUCUGAUUUUUACAGCUGGCUUCAAAAUUUCUUCUCCAAUUUCCCUCAUCUACAGAAAAAGCAGGUUCAUCUGAUGGGAGAGUCAUAUGCAGGGAUUUACAUCCCAUAUUUCGCAUCUGCCAUCGUCGACAACCAGGAUUCCUCCCCCAUUAAUCUCCGGUCAAUGUCAAUGGGCGAUGGAACCUGGGGCAACGCUGCCGCUAGUUCAUUCGUCACAACAGGUGCUUAUCUGAAAUCUCAAAGCUCCUUGCUCCAGAUACCUGAUGAUAUUAUAUCGGCCUUCGCCAAAGCGGAUGAGAUCUGUGGCUUCGACUCCGUCAUGGAGCAUGCAAACACAUUUCCUCCCAAGGGCAAAAUCACCAUCCCCGGGGAUCCAGAGGGCAUGAACUAUAAACGGCACCGUCGCAGCCAGGGCUCUAUCUUGAGCGAUACAUGCAACACCCAUCCUACCACGGAAGAUGGAGUACUGUCAUCCAUCCUAAAUUCCACCUGUCAGGGACCAUGCGCCACCUUUUCCACCGCCAUGGAUUACCUGAACACCGUGUCUGCCUCUGGCGUGGGCAAGGAAUGCUUCGACGUCUACGACAUCAAAAAUGACUGUAACACAAUCGACCCGUUUCACCUGCUGGCCUCGUAUUUCAGCCGUGCAGAUGUCCAAACCACAUUGAACGCUCUUCCUCCUGACAGCGACAGUGGCGAUGCCACUCUGUUCAGUGCCUGCAGUGACGACAUCCUCCAAACCCUUGUCUCCGUCGCAGUUCCACCCACUCCACCGGCGUACUCCAUUCUCCCAUCACUGGUCACGUCGCAUAACCUUGCCCUGCACAUCUAUUCUGGCGACCAUGACAUGCUGAUCAACCAUCUUGGCACCGAACUAUGUCUUCAAAACAUGACCUGGCGCGGGGCGCAGGGCUUUUCCCAAAAGCCGAGCCGCGUGUUCUUCACCGAUAAUGCUACCCCUGCUAAUCUGGCCAUGCAGAACAAUGGCGACGGCCUUGCCGAGGCAGGGAUCUGGGCCUCAGAGCGCGGAGUUUCUUUCCAUCUUUUCCGAGAUGCAGGUCAUAGUGUGUUCAUUGAUAAGCCGCGUGAGAUGUUCGCAUAUGUGAGGGAUGUUGUUGUCCGGGGCUGA